AUGCUCUUCAGAGAAGGCUCCGUCUGCUACGACUCUGUCGACAAGAGAGUUUCGGUCGCACAACUCCAUGAGGAUGAAGAGGCUUUUGCGAUCCUCGUAGACAUCGAGGACAGAGACCACGUGGGGGUGCCGCGGGAGGCGUCUGCAGCAGCAGCAGCAGCAGCGCACAAUUUGCACAGAUCCGCAACUCUCCCGCUCGAGUGCGGGGGCUCUUGA